CCGGAGAGAGGAGUUGUUGUCGAAGCAGCAGAGACGGCGGAGCAGAGCAGGGGGUGUGUGAGACUGCCAGUGUGUUUGGGGCCGAACCAGGAGCACAACACGGCGUGAAUGAGAGAGGCAAGCUGGCGGGUUUCAACAUGGCAUCCGGAGAUACGCUGUACAUCGAGACAGACGGCUCGGAGAUGCCGGCCGAGAUCGUGGAGCUCCACGAGAUAGAGGUGGAGACGAUACCGGUGGAGACGAUCGAGACCACGGUGGUCGGCGGGGAUGACACCGACGACGAGGACGAGGAUGAAGACGACGACGACGACGAGGACGGGCAGCCGAUGAUCGCGCUGCAGCCGCUGGUCUCGGACGACCCGCACUCGAUCCAUCACCACCAUCACCACCACCACCAUCAGGAGGUGAUCCUGGUGCAGACCCGGGAGGAGGUGGUCGGCGGGGACGACUCGGACAUGCACACGGACGGCGGCGGGUACGAGGACCAGAUCCUCAUCCCGGUGCCUGCUCCGGGGGUGGAGGACGAGUACAUCGAGCAGACUUUGGUGACUGUUGCCGGGAAGAGCUCUGGGGGCCGGGUGAAACGAGCGGGCGGCGGGGGGAAGAAAGCGGGCAAAAAGAGCUACCUGAGCGGCGCGGAGGCCGGCGGGAGAAAAUGGGAGCAGAAGCAGGUGCAAAUAAAGACACUGGAGGGGGAGUUUUCUGUCACGAUGUGGGCAUCGGACAUCGACCAUGAGUCGGUGGUGGAGGAGCAGAUCGUCGGGGAGAACUCUCCUCCAGACUACUCCGAGUACAUGACGGGGAAGAAGCUGCCCCCUGGUGGCAUCCCAGGGAUCGACCUGUCAGACCCCAAGCAGCUGGCUGAGUUUGCCAGAAUGAAACCCAGGAAAGUCAAAGAGGACGACGCUCCUCGGACGAUAGCUUGCCCUCAUAAAGGCUGCACAAAAAUGUUCAGGGAUAACUCAGCCAUGAGGAAGCAUCUCCACACCCACGGACCCCGAGUGCACGUCUGCGCCGAGUGUGGCAAGGCCUUCGUCGAGAGCUCCAAACUCAAACGCCACCAACUCGUUCACACAGGGGAGAAACCGUUCCAGUGUACAUUCGAAGGCUGUGGGAAAAGGUUUUCUCUGGACUUCAACCUGCGCACACACGUGCGGAUCCACACUGGAGACCGACCCUACGUCUGCCCUUUCGACGGCUGCAAUAAGAAGUUCGCCCAGUCAACCAACCUAAAGUCUCACAUUCUGACACAUGCCAAAGCCAAAAACAACCAAUGAGGACCCGUCCACCAGCGUCCAGCCACACAGACGGGGAAAAAAGAAGAGCAUCCUGGCGGCACACCCCUCUUUUGAAGAUGGAAUGAAAGGCUUGAGACUUCAUUGAUUUAUAUAACAAAAAUGUGACUUUAAAAAAAAAGAAACACUGAAAAUCAGCUAGUUUUCCUGCGUCCCCCUCUCUUCUGCUGACUUACUGGAUGAGGAUCACAGUGACUAUUCCCCAAACUCGGCCAACACGCUCCCCUUUGUUUCUCCAGUGGCGCUCAGCUGCCAGAAGAUGGAACUCAAGGACACACAUCAGAGACUUAUUUUUACCAGAGUGAGCAGAGAAGCAGCGAUCCUUUAGUAUCUUAUUUUCUCGCAUAGCUUUUAUUUUCCUCGAGUGUGCAUAUUGUACACUUGACUCAGGCUAUGUUUAGUAAGAUUGUGAUUUUAUUUUUUCUUUCUCCUGCAUUAUGAGAUCGUACCUAUGAUACAAAACGGCCCCGGUCUUGUGUGACCCGUCUCACAUGUAUGAGAAAUUAAAAAAAACAGCUGUUAUGUUUGCUUUCCAUACCCUCUUUGGUUGUACUUUUCUCUAACCACAAAAUAACCUUGUAUACUUGUAUUGUAUGGCUGUAUUAAGAUUAUGUAGACAUAGAUAGAGGUGUGAUUUAAAGUGUUAACCAUUUAAACUUUUAGUCAUGAGUUGCUUUAUAUUUUCUAUGAAUUGUCUUUACACAGAUGAAUGGGUAAUAUACACUUACUCUGUCUCAUGUGAAGUAUCUGAAGCGUACGUUAACCUGACUGCAAGACCAUCAUUUUCUUUGUUAGAAUGUAAUGUACAGACGAAGUCAACCAUUUACUUCCUUUGUUGAUAUUUACACCCAUGUAUCUCAACUGCCCACAAUAAAAUGGGUCAUUGCAACCCUGUCAAAAUACA